AGUGACUUGAGACAGUUGAGAUUAGGCUGCCCUGCCCAUUGAAGACAUUUAUAUCACAAGACAACAGCCUGACGCUUACAAAACUGCCGUGGUUGCAAAUAAGCAACAGGAGGACUGCAACGGAACGAUUUGCACAACGCCGACCGUGCAAGGGAGAGACUGAGAAAAUGUGGCUGCCGAUGAUUGGAUUGACCGCCCUGCCGCACCUUGGCGGCCUCUACGGUGGUUACAUCACUCGAAAAGAAGUGAAGACCUGGUACCCGACCCUUGAGAAACCAUCGUGGCGGCCCCCGAAUGCAGCCUUCCCCGUGGUUUGGACCUGCCUUUAUACGGGGAUGGGGUACGGGUCCUACCUGGUGUGGAAAGAACUUGGAGGUUUCACCGAGAACGCUGUGGUGCCACUGGGACUUUACGGAAUGCAGUUGGCACUCAACUGGGCGUGGACGCCCAUCUUCUUUGGCGCACACAAGCUGAAAUUGGCCUUAAUGGAGAUUGUGGUUCUAACCGGGACCGUCGGCGCCACCAUGUGGUCGUGGUAUCCCAUCAGCCGACCUGCCGCUCUGCUCAUGGCGCCCUACCUGGCCUGGUUGUGUCUCGCCACCUCCCUCAACUACUGCAUAUGGAGGGACAACCCUGAGAAAAAGGACGAGUAGAAGAAAGGGCACCUGACGUUCAUGCGAGCUUUGAACAAACCGCAUCACUUUUGAAUUUUGGAUCAAUAUGUGAAAGGGGGGGCAUUUAAAUCUUUUUCUAUGAAAUACAUUUGCACUAUUCUUCUGCUUUCUGAA